GCAACGGUCGCUAUGACAACUGUGGUCUCCAACCACAACAACUACUCACGUGUGAAGCAGCAAUGGCGACCGCCAGUGAUGAACGAGCGGCAGCGGAUGUUUUAAAAUCGCUGUCUCGGCAUUUAAACUGUUUAAACGACGACAAUAAAAGCGCAAGAAGGCGAGCUUUAGAUGCGAUUAAGAGAGAAAGCGUCGAUCAGACUUUGUCCAGCGCUGUGCUGCAGGAGGUGUUUGAGUGUUUGUUAAAAUCGCUGUUAAAGGGUCUGUCAGACCCGACGGAAGCAUGCAGAGAGAAGACUAUUCAGAUCAUAACAGCCUUUAUUAGAUCUGUCCCCAAACCAGAGGACACCCUGCCCUAUCUGAUGCCCGCUCUGGCACAGAGACUCGGCGGGAAGGAGAUCCUGGAGCCGGCGGAGGAGCUCAGACUGGCUCUUAUGGAGAUGCUGGCUCUGGUGGUGGACGUGUGUGGCAGACAUCUGGCGCCCUACCUGGACGACGUGAUGAAGGUACUGCAGAGGACCAUUACAGAUCCUUUCCCAGAAGUCAAGAAAGAGAGCUGUAAAUGUACCAUCAGUUUUGCCAAGUGUGUUCCUGAUCAUUUCCAUCUGCAGGCAGAGAGUCUACUGAAGCCCCUAUUGCAGACUGUUUCGCACCAGCAUUCCCAAGUGAGGGUUUCUGCCACACAGGCUAUCGGUGCCCUCAUUCAGUACAGCGCUGGCAAGAAUGUGGACGAUGUUUUGUCCCACUUGGCACAGAGAUUGUUUGACGACUCGCCACGGGUGAGGAAGGCAGUUACCGUAGUCGUAGGUGAUUGGCUUUUGCACCUGCCGGACAGAUAUUCCUACUUCCACAAACUCAUCCCACUUCUUCUGAGCAGCCUCAGCGAUGAGAUACCUGAAAUCAGGUUACUCGCUGAGGAUUUAUGGAAGCAGAUAGGAGCUCAGUGGGAGAAGGAAAAUGAAGAUGAUUUAAAGGAUAAGUUGGACUUUCAGUUGCCUGCACCGGGUCACUACACAUCUGAUAGUGUGCGUCCUGGCCUGGGCUGCAGGGAGCUGGUGGUGAGGAAUCUGUCUAAGCUGCUUCCUGCUGUGAGUCGGGACAUGGGCGACUGGUUAGUGCAGACGCGGGUGAAGACCGCCCAGCUGCUGCGUGUUUUACUACUGCACGCUGAAGAUCACAGUACGCAACACCUGCAGUUACUGCUCACAGUCAUUUACCACGCCUGCGCAGAUGCAGAGAUCGACGUUAGGAUGCAGUGUUUGGAGUCGGCAAAGCUCUUGGGGGUGUUUGUCAGUCCGGAGGUCUACCUCAAGUUGCUUCUACCUCACGUUGCAGACUCCGCUUCCUGUUCGUCUGCCUCUCCUUGGGCUCCUCUUAUGGUUCUGGCUGCUGUAUUGAGAGGAAGCUCAAGAGAGGCGCUACACCCCCACCUGUUACAGAUCGGAGACACACUCGCACACCCUGAUGUCUGUCAGGGCUCUCAACAGGUGCUGUAUCUGGAUCAGUUGUUGGCGUGUGUGGACGCCGUGCUGCAUGUAAGUCAGGUGGACUGUGAUGUCAUCAGUAUACAGCUGUUGAAGGUUCUGGUGUCCGUUCAGAGCCUCUCAUCGCAGCAUGAACAGCACAGUAAGGCUGUAGAGUUGGUGAGAUGUCUGUGUGAGAUUCAGAGUCUCACAGGAGUGUACGAGUUGUACAGACGGCACAUGGCUGAUCUGUUGCAGUGGCUGUUCGAGUCGCAUCAUACCGGGACGAGUUACUCCAUUCAGAAAACACAGCUGGAGAUCAUCGCUGUCCAAUCAGGUCCCGUAGUGGGAGAGUUUCUGUCAGCCUUCCUGCCGUUGCUAAAGAAUUGCGUGGAACCCAGUCGAGACCCAGAGAUGAGGCUUCAAAUCUUCACCAUGCUGUCCAAACUACUGCUUGAUGCCAGCAACACAUUGGACUCACAGGGGAGAUUUAGUGAAUGUGUGGCGACGGUCUUACAGGACUUAUUGUUGCCUAAUCUGGUGUGGCGUUCAGGUCGGUCAGCGGCGGCUGUUAGGACUGCUGCUCUUAGCUGUCUAUUGGCUCUCCUUCAUGGAGCGACUUUCCCGGCGGAACAAGUACUUUCAGUGGAGGAAACCCUCAGGACUCAGCUGAUCUCUGCUCUGGAGGAAGACUCCAAACUGGCCCGGUUAUUGGCCUGCAGGUCACUUCACUCACUGCUGAAGAUCACAGCACAUCAGCUUAACACAGAUUCACUCAACAAGAUCUAUCCAGAGUUGCUGAAGCGUGUGGAUGACAGCAGUGAAGACGUCCGUAUUGAAGCUCUGAGGUCUCUCGGCACAUGGUUCUCAUCUCUGGGAAAUAACUACGACGUUCACUCUUGCCGGCCACACCUGGAGUUCCUGUUCCAGCAACUUCUUCUCUACAUGGACGACCCAGACGGCAAAGUCCAGGACUCUGUGCUCGAUGUCCUGAAAGUUGCCAGUAAGGUUGACUGUGAUCUUUUACAACAACAAACCGAGGCUGUACGAGAGAAACAGCGCAACCCUGAUUUCUGUGAUAAACUCCUGCAGCACAUUCAAUCAUUAUGAGACUCGAUACAAACACACACAUCUAUGAGCAUUCAUGCAAACGGACACACAACUCGGCAAACUUGUGUAAAUGAAAGUGUUUGUCUGUUAUGAAUUUGAGUUAAGAGAUACCAGAAUGAUGUUUUAAUCCUUGUGUGAUCUGUAAUCUAAUUACAACUUUAAUCAUUUUAUAAUAUGAAAUAAUAUUUAUACUUAAAAUAAAUUCUUAGAGUUAACACCAAAUAUGUGAAAUUUAUUUGGUUAUUGUUUUGUACUGCUCAUAUUGUUAAAUAAAACUGAAAGU